AUGUCAAAGAAUUAUUUAACACAUAUCGUAUUGUGGCUUUUAAUUCAAUUAUUAGUUGAAGUAGAAUGCCAAAUUGAUUCUUUUAAGCUAGCACAACGAAGCGGCCAUACUUCUACAUUUAUUGAUAGUAAUUUAUAUAUCUUAGGUGGUCGAAGUGAGGAGACUGAAAGAGUUGGAAGUGAAUUUUUUUAUCUUGACGUCUCUGUUUCAUUUGAUACUCAAAAUAUAUUAUGGCGUGAUUUAACCAGCAUUAAUAUAGUACCAAAGCAUAACGCAGCUGCAUCUGUUAGUGGUGGUGCAAAUAAUAAAACCUUGUUUUUAUACGGAGGAUUUCCUUAUAAUAACACAGCAAUGGAUUUAGUUUAUACAUUUGAUACUCAAAGUAAUUCAUGGAGUAUUCCAAAAAUAACAGGCGACAAUAUCGUUAUGAAAAAUAACCUAAAAGGCAUUAUUAAUGUUUAUGGGAAAAUGUUUUUAUUUGGUGGAAUAUUUAAUGGCACCACUACUCAAAAUGAUAUGCUUAUUUUAGAUACAAAAAAUUUGAAAUGGGGGUUAGGAAGUACAAUUAAUGCACCUUCUCCAAGAGCUGUUUAUGGUGCAACUUACGUCUCAGAUCAGCAUAUACUUUAUCUAGUGUUAAUGAUUUAUUACUAUGACAUGGUUGAAGAUUUGUGGCUAACAAGAGUGACUUCUGGUACAAUUCCCUCUGAUAGAGAUUCCUUUUCUUCAGUUCUUGGUUUGGAUGGACAACAAGUAAUAAUCUUUGGGGGAAUAAGUAAUCUUAAUAAUAUUAAACCUCAGCAUGCACUUUAUGUAUUAGACUUAGUAAAUUUGGAAUGGUAUAUCCCAAAAAUUUCCAGUAGUAUUCCAGGUUCUAGAUAUUGGCACCGAGCGAAUUUAAUUGGAAAAUAUAUGGUUAUAUCAUUUGGAUUUGGUUAUGAUAGAAAUGUUGACAAUGAUAUCUUAUUGCUUGAUAUAAGUAAUGAUAAAGAAUAUAUGUGGACAAAUAUUUUUAAUCCAAAUAUUCUAAAGUAUCCUAUUUUACCAAAUGAUCCUUUAAAAGAUUUACCAAAAAUAAAUCCAUUACCAGUUAUAAUUGGUAUAUCUAUAG